AUGUCUGCUGCUGCAUUUUGUGUUUCCAACUUUGCUACCACUACCGCCGUCUCCAAGUCGAGCUCAGAGGCUACACAGCGUGCCAUUUCUCUUUACCGUCUCUGGCAAAAGUCGGUACCUGAGAUUAUGAAGAUCCAUGAGAUCAACAUGCCCACUUCCCAGGUUCGUGCCAAGAUUCGCGAGAACUUUGAGAAGAACCGUUAUGUGGAGGAGUUGCCCGUUCGCGAUAUUCUGUUGGCUAGAGGACACAUGGAGUUCCAGGAGACUAUCAACGUCUGGAAGCAGCAUAACCACAUUAUGAGCUACUUUGCCUCAGAGGAGGCUGCCCCCAAGGCAACUACAUUCUUGGAGAAGUUCUAUGAAGGCAGAUCCUGA